AAGAGGAAGUGUAGUAUUUUGUUAGCUGAAUAGUAAUUUUGCUCUGUGCGUGUGAUAAAGGCGAUAAAAGAGGGUCCCCUAAAGAGAAGUGCUGCUGGGUUAGAAGAAGGGUACGAGGUACUUUUUAUUAUUAUUAUUGUUCGUACACUCUGCCCAUUUACGCCUCCUUAUCCUGGCGAAAGGUUGAACGGUUAAAAUGGAGGCGGAUAGAUCCGGCGGAGGACCAAACCCGAACUCCGGAGGCGGCGGCAGUAGCAGCGGAGCGGGGCGCAAUCCAAACGGGCCCAAAGCAGCACCGGGCCAGGCGACAUCAGCUGCUGCGACCGGAGUGAUGGCAGCAGCAGCGGCGGCGGCGGCGGCAGCAGCAGCCGGGGCCAUGCCCGGAUCGUCGCAGGCUCGGGAGCUACAGGACGGGGACUCGGGUAUGACGCUUCCUGGGAUCCUUCACUUCAUCCAGUACGAGUGGGGACGCUUCCAGGCCGAGAAAUACCGCUGGGAGGCAGAGAGAGACGAACUCAGGGCUCAGGUGGCAUUCCUUCAGGGUGAGAGGAAAGGGCAGGAGAAUAUGAAACAGGACCUGGUGAGGCGGAUCAAGAUGCUGGAGUACGCCCUCAAACAAGAGAGGGCGAAGCAUCAGAAGCUGAAGACAGGAAAUGACCAGAGUCCCGGAGACAAGAAACCAGAGACAGAAGCAGACCAAGUUCCCAAUGGGCCUGCUGAGUCAGACUCUGAGCCAGCCAAUCAGAUGUCCUGGAAGGAGGGACGUCAGCUACUACGCAAAUAUCUUGAAGAAGUGGGAUAUUCAGACACCAUCCUGGACAUGCGAUCUAAGCGUGUGCGCUCACUGCUCGGGCGGAGCAGCCCCGAGGCUAACGGGCCUGCACCCAGUGAAACCUGUCCUGAGCCCGAGCCCCGGGCAGGUGGAGAGUCGUUGUUGGUCAGACAGAUAGAGGAACAAAUCAAGAGGAACGCGGGCAAGGAAAGCUCUAAGGAACGUCUGGGCGGCUCGGUGCUCGAUAAGAUCCCCUUCCUGCAUGGCUGCGAGGAUGAUGAUGAAGACGACAGUGACGAGGAAGAAGACUUCCAAGGCAUGGCCACUGACUGCAUCGAUGGACCGCGAAAGAACAAGAAGUCUCGUGUAAAGAUGGGUUCGGAGCCCAUGACCACAGACCUGGACCCGGAGGACGAGGAGGACGAAGACGACUCGGAAGAUGCCCUCAGUGAAUUUGACUUCCUGGGCUCGGGGGAGGAUGGGGAGGGGGCGGGAGAGGCCCGGAUCUCGGGGGACGGACGGGAGUUAGAGAACCGCAGGAACAAGUUACAAGGCAUGAUGUCGGACUUCCCCCCUAAACCCACCCCGCCCCCCUCUGUAUCAGGACAGGCCCGCCCCGGGGAAGGUGGCGCCCUGGGUUUUUCCUCUGACGUCUUCAUUAUGGACGCCGUUGGAGGAGGAGACAUGAACCUGGGGGAGCUGGCUGAUCUCACCGUGGCCAAUGAUAACGAUCUCUCCAUGGAUAUGCAAGAUAACAGAGAGGAGUUUAAGAAGACAUGGAACCCUCGUUUCACACUACGCAGCCACUUUGAUGCCAUCCGCGCUUUGACCUUUCACCCCAGUCAAGCGGUGCUGCUCACAGCCUCUGAGGAUGGCACACUAAAACUGUGGAACCUCAACAAGGCCAUGCACUCUAAAAAGAACGCAGCGUUGGAUGUGGAGCCCAUCUACACAUUUAGAGCACACAGUGGAGCUGUUCUGUCGCUGACCAUGGGCGAGGAUGGAGAAUCCUGCUACAGCGGGGGUCUAGAUGGAACUGUCAGAUGUUGGAAGAUGCCAGACCUCAAUGUGGAUCCUUAUGAUAAUUAUGAUCCCGGCAUCGAGAGCAGCGUACUAGCCGGCCACGAGGACAGCGUGUGGGGUCUAACUUACUCGGCGGUUCUCCAUCGUCUCGCCUCGUGCUCAGCCGAUGGCACCAUUCGCCUCUGGGACCCUCAGAACUCUGCUCCCUGCCUGUCUGUCUUCAAUAAGGAGAGAGAGCACGGAACACCCACCUCGGUAGCCUUCGUGGCCACUGACCCCAACCAGGUGGUGGUGUCAUUCGAUGCAGGUGAGACGCUGCUCUACGACCUCAACACAGAGCAGAGCAUCACUGCGCUGGAGACGCAGACCAAGGACGGCAGUGAGCUGAUCAACCGCAUUGUCAGCCACCCAUCUGAGGCCGUCUCCAUCACUGCACAUGAGAACCGCACCAUCCGCUUCCUGGACAACAAGACAGGUCAAGUUGUCCACUCAAUGGUGGCUCACCUGGAUGCGGUCACCUGUCUCACUACAGACCCUAAAGGCACUUACCUCAUCUCUGGCAGCCACGACUGCUCGGUGCGCCUGUGGAUGCUGGACAACAGGACGUGCGUGCAGGAGAUCACAGCUCACAGGAAGAAGCACGACGAAGCCAUCCAUGAUGUGGCCUUCCACUCUUCACAGCCCUUCAUCGCCAGUGCCGGCGCAGAUGCACUCGCCAAGAUCUUUGUCUGACAGCAGUGUCGUCAUUCUGAGUCCUACAAAAACAACUGGGCAAAAAGAGACUGAAGACUACAGUGGACACAUUUCACCUGCUUACGCACACACACACACACACUCUCACACACACUUGUCCUGCAGCCCACUGGCUGGGUCAUCACCACAGGACAUAUCCUCUCCUCAAUUCUCCGCUCUUCUCUGAUGCCUCAGUGACUUCUUGUAAUACUAAUCACACUGCUUUUUUUUAUAAAAACACAGCUGCUCCUUUUUUGAAUAAUCAUAUUUGGAGGAACACUUUUCUACACUAUUCUUUUUCUUUUAAUAUUUUUUUUUUUUCAUUCUACCAACACUCAUCACAAACCUGCGUGUGUGUGCGCGCGCGUGUGCGCGUGGGUGUGUGUGUGUGUUUAUGUGCUUAAACUGCUGACACACUACUUAGGUUAAGAAACCACCAAGGAAGCGCUCGCACUGCACAGCACACACACGAGGCACCAAUGCAUGCAUUUCAGUUGAGAUCUUAAUUUAAGAAAUUGCCUGUGGCUAACAUACAUAUGUAGACAUGACUAAUAACAGUUAUCUUUCCCAGUGUCUGCAGAAAACACCCGACCGACCUCUUCAUUGGGAAUCAAUGUAUUACAUUCCAAAGACUGCAGGUAGAGUGUGUGUGUGUGUGUGUGUGUGUGUGUGGUGGUGUAUUCAGGGUCGGAGAAUGUUGACUUUGUUGUGUGUGUGUGUGUGUGUGUGUGUGUGUGUGUGUGUGAUGUGAGGAACCAUUAGACAGUUGCUCGCCAGUGUUGAACAAAUAGCUUUAAUUUCAACUUUAUGGCCAAGUCUCAUUGUACGUAUGAGUAUUAUAAUGUCCCCGUCAUUCGUGAGAUAAAAUCUCACUCUGCUGUACAAGAUGAAUGAAACACAAUCAUGGUCCAUUUCUACAAAUGUACAGUUUGAACUCUGUAGACUGAUGCUCUCACGACACAUUAACCAGCUAAAGGUAGAUACCCCGAGGGUGCAGUUAAAGUUGGUUGACUUGCAGAGGUAGUGAGGCCCGGCUGUAUGCUCUCAACAAAUGACACGGAUUGUGUCAUUUGGUGCUUUUUACUGUACAGAAGAGCGCGUGUGUGUUCGUAUAUAUGCACUAGUUAAAUCACGGUGCUAUGAGAGACCUCGUCAGUCUUGAGUCAGAAUCAGGGACCUGCUUUGUGUGUACGUGUGAGAAAGAGAGACUGUGUUUCUCACUCAUCGGACUAUAAAGUGAAUCUGCUUUUUAAAUGAAAUUUCAUUGGUUAAUCACUUCAGUAGCUGUGGUCUCAUUUUAGAAUGAACUAUUAACAUCUCUCGUUAGAGAGACGCGAGUGGUGUCGCCAUUGAUCGUUAGAGGAAUGUACAGAGCUGAUGAGGAUUAUUUUACAGUGAGUGUCACUUGGACUGAAAACAUUUCCUCAGAUGAGACCUGGUCAGAUCGUCUUUUUCAUUUCAUCUUGGAAGUCGGCGCCAGUUUUGUAGGCGGUGCUUGGUUCUGGCUUGUUGUUAUUUAUUCAGGCUUUCCAAAAAACAGAAGAGAGAACAAAAAAAAAAAAAAAAGCUUGACAUUACCUACACUUGUAUGUUGAGGUGAGGUUCCCUUGCCUUGUUUUUGACGUGCAUCAGUUGCACGGUAGCACAUUACCCAGAGAGCCAAUGACGUGAAGCUGGUCUCCUCUUUCUGAAGAGGUGGGGAGAAAAGGGAGAAACGAAAAGAAGAGAGUCCAUUUUAAAUUCAGCCACUUUUGCCAUUUCAGAAAAGGAAACGAUAGAAGAAAGAAUUGAUUUGAAUAUGUUUGGGUGUCGGUUGAUGUUAGUAGCAUGACUCGGCACCUAAUCUGUCUUGCUGAUCCCGUAUGGUUCUGCUAUUUUUAACAUUACCCAGAGGACAUUUGGUUUAGGUGGAAACAUUGUUCCUUUGAGACACUGUGUCCCGCAUCUAUACUGACCCUGACUUCAAAUUACUUGACUGGUAAUUGUUUAGUAUUACCUUGAGAAGACCGAUUAAGGGGACCCUUCCCCUCUUCAAGAAUACAGGGUCACUCUAGGGGUCAGAGGUCAGAUCUAAGGGUUCAAAGUAGCCUAGAUGUAAACACUUCUUUUCCUAAUCUCUGCGGACACUAGCAUUCAUAGUUCAGUUUUUAUUUUUUUUUUCCUGAAGCAGGAUGGUGGACUGUUCCGGACGCAACUACAUUAUUGUACUGCUGCUGGACAUAACAUCCUGUUAUCACAUUUAACUACUAUCUGGCUCCACUUUGCACUACAUUUAAUUGUGGAUGCUUGUGGUGAGGAGUGAUUACAGACAGGGUGCGGAAAUAAUGGUUUGCAUGUAUUUCUUUUACAAUCUGAAGUAAAUACUACGAGAUGAAAAGCCUGCUGUGGCUGGCAUUUAUUUGAUAGUGAGAGUUACUGAUGGCCUCUUUCUGAGAAUAAAGACGAAUCAGUACGACACUUCAAAAAAAUGAAGAAAGAAAUUGAAACGGAGGUUGUAAAUGAUGACUCGAAAUGCCAUCAUGUGCUGUAAAUGUCCAUCGUUUCCUUGUUUUCUUUCUUUCUUGCAUUUCUUUCCUUUGAUUAUAAAUAUGUUUAUUAAGAUGUAAGAAUACUGUAGUAUCAUAAGUGAAUCAUUCUUCCUCGCUAGGCAUAGAACUUGCUUGUGAUUGAUAAUGGCAAUGUACAACUUGUAAAAAAGAAAACGAUUAAAAAAACAUGAAAAUUAAAAAAAAAAGUUUAAAAAAAAAACCAAAAAAAAAAACCUGUUACCAGUCAGAGGCCAAGGUAACGGACUCUCAUUUCUUUGUUUUUAUUUUUUUAUUAGCAAUUUAUCACUGUGUGAUAUUUUGUACAUCAUAUUAAGCUGUAUUCAAACAAUUUCCUCUAACUACAAGGGAUAAGAGACCUGCUUUUUAUUCAUUUUGUUUUAUUAUAUAUUUUUGAACUGCAUUCUAGCCUGUAUCAAAUGACUUUCUCUUUUUGUUUACGGGUCCCCUGUUGUAUGUCAUUAAGGAAGAAAACAAAACAAAAAAUGAAGAUUUUGUACAGUGAA